UGCCAUGGAGAUGGUAGCAGUGUGCAAGGGGAGAGCAGCAGGGUUUAGAAUUCCAGGAAGGAAGAGAGAGUGAUGUCAUCAGAUUCCAUGGACCAGCCCAGGAACCCCUGUGAGAACGAACCUCUGACUCCAGGUUAUCAUGGAUUCCCAGGGCGGGAUAGCCAGGGUAACCAGGAGCCAACAACAACUCCUGAAAUGGUUCAGCCUUUUACUACCAUCCCAUUCCCACCACCUCCACAGAAUGGAAUUCCUACAGAAUAUGGAGUGCCACACACUCAGGACUAUGCCGGCCAGACCAGUGAGCAUAACCUGACACUCUACGGAAGUACGCAAGCCCACGGGGAGCAGAGCAGCAACUCGCCCAACACACAGAAUGGAUCUCUCCCGGUAUGUGAAUUAGGAGGUGGAAGAAGAGUGCAUGGCGAUUACACUGAAAUUGUCACAUCCAUCAUAAGACCAGAAUACUCUUCUCUGCAGCAGUUUGGCAAAAUCCUAGAUGUAGAAAUAAUCUUUAAUGAGCGUGGCUCUAAGGGAUUCGGGUUCGUAACUUUCGAGAAUAGUGCUGAUGCAGACAGGGCCAGGGAGAAAUUACACGGCACCGUGGUAGAGGGCCGUAAAAUCGAGGUGAAUAAUGCUACAGCACGUGUAAUGACCAAUAAGAAGAUGGUAACACCAUAUGCAAAUGGUUGGAAAUUAAGCCCGGUAGUUGGAGCUGUAUAUGGCCCCGAAUUAUAUGCAGCAUCCAGCUUUCAAGCAGAUGUGUCCCUGGGCAAUGAUGCAGCAGUGCCCCUAUCAGGAAGAGGGGGUAUCAACACUUACAUUCCUUUAAUCAUUCCUGGCUUCCCUUACCCAACUGCAGCCACCACAGCGGCUGCUUUCAGAGGAGCCCAUCUUAGGGGCAGAGGGCGAACAGUAUAUGGUGCAGUUCGAGCGGUACCUCCUACAGCCAUCCCCGCCUAUCCAGGUGUGGUUUACCAGGACGGAUUUUACGGUGCUGACCUCUAUCACAUUGCUCUCUGGAGAGCUCAUCUAGCAGUUGUGUCCAGGGUUUGUAAAGAGACCUGCUGGGUUAUGGCAGGGUGUACACAGCCGACCCCUACCAUGCCCUGGCCCCUGCCGCUAGCUAUGGAGUUGGCGCUGUGGCGAGUUUAUACCGAGGUGGCUACAGCCGAUUUGCCCCCUACUGAAGUGACGUGAGACCCUGCAAAUGGGACCGCCCCCAGUCCUGAGGCCUGGCUAUUGCAAUAUGUACUAGUAGAAGAACUCUAUAGCAAGAUGAAGAGGAAAACAAACAAACAAACAAAAACCACAAAAAAAGAGAGAAUACUUUUUUAUACCUCACUAUGUUCUUUGAAUAUGUAUUUUUCCUUUAAAUUUUCUGCCUUUAAUUCUUUUGUUCCAAAGAUUGUGCAUUUUUUCCUUUUUUUUUUUAACUGUGGUAAAAAGAAAAAAAAAAAAAAAAAGAUAAUGCAUUUCCAUGUCUGUAUGUCCGUGCUUAGCUUAUUCUAUCAAUCAUGGAAGAGGCAGUUAAUGAGGAAGGAGAAACUUUAGUGGCAGAUGAAGACAUUUGAUCAGAAAUCAGCAGACAGAAUUACCAAAGUGUAUGUGGUGCUGAGUGGCUGGGGGACAAGUAGGAGUGAAAGAAAUCUUUCUGCAGCAGAAUAUUCUUCUAGUCUUCUGAAUUUCUGGUCUUUGGCAGAUGGUUCUGAUUGGCUGUGGCUGGAAUCUACAUGCCAGUAGAUAGGAGUUUGUGUUUGCAAAGCAAGAGAAUUAAAAACACGUUUCCUCUCCUCUUCCCUUCUGUCUUCUCCGUAGUUUCUACAGUCACCUUAACAUAGAUAGCCCGAGACGAUUGGCACAAUUUUUGGUAUUACAGCAUUGAUAUUUCCAAACAUGCUCUCAGGCUGAAUAAUAAACACCUCUUUAGGAAAUCAAUCUCAGAAUGAAUUUUGAAGGACAAAAACACUCGUUUCUUUUCUUUCUUGUAACCCUAGCAUUCCUGCUGGGCUUCUGAUCCCCUUUCAUUGAUCCACAGCUUAGCUCAUGUGUUCUUUUAAUGUGCUGUUCCUAUGUCCUCAAGAUUUAGAAAUUUAGGACACAGGGACAGAAGAAUGAACAGCUAGUGGCCAGAUUUCCCCCAGGUAUCUGGGCACAGCUUGAGGAUUAAAAGUACAAGGUGUUAAAGGCCAUUAGAGAGGCUGCAGAAGAGAAAGGGAAUACUGGAAGGUCUGUAUUCCUUAUCUUGAAUCAGAAAUUAGUACAAACUAUAAAAAAAAAAAUCUUAGAAAGAAUCUUUUGGGGAAAGAUAAGGCACCAAGCCCAGGGGUUAGCUGUCCCUGGAAGUUUUGGUGGUGCGGACAUGUGAGGGCAAUCAGGGGCAUUGGGUACUUGCUCCAAAGCCAUAGGAAUUUUCAUCUUCCAGAGCCUCCAUGAGUUACUUCUCCACCCAGUCUCCAGCCCUUGUGGCCAUUGCACCCAGCUUCUCAUUAUCCUCCAAAGAUGCCCAGCUGAGCACUUGGACUGCUUGGUAUAUGUUAAUACUAUAGGACCUUGCUCCAGAGCCCACACUGGGAGGAGGGUAUGACGUGGCCAGGAUCCUUCUGCAAGACCAGAGCAGUGAGUCACUGGUCUUGCUGUCUGGCUUAGGUUUUAUGUUACCAAGGUCAGGGAGAAAGUGCUUCUCUUCCAACUCUUAGCUCUAACUGAUUAAAAUGAGCAUCCUACAGCAUUUCCUAAAAAAGGCAUUAGGAAAUAGGCAAGCAUGGUCUGCUUGGCUCCCUGGUCAGUUCAUAUUGGUACUAGGGUGACCUUUCACCCAAGGGAUAGCUGCUAAACGGAGUAAUUCAGAGACAUGGAGCUUCUGCUUUGUUAGGGGUUUGGUUUGGGUUUGGUUUUUACUCCUGCCUCCACACGUGUUUUUGACUGAUAAUGAUUCAUGUCCGUGAAUUAAAAUGGCUGAUGUAUGUAUGACAGCAUCAGGCUUUCUCUGUAAGCAGAGUGCUGUAUCGGGGAGGGCCCUGGCCUGUUCUGUGUGAUAACACCCCUCUCCCCUUCAGAUCCUCUGUCCUGAUACCCAAGGGAGAGGAUGUGCUUGAAGUAAAGGGAAAUGCCAAGGAAGCUAGAGGCCUCGAUGCAAUCAUUGAUCCUUGGGGGAAUACACAGAACCAGGAUGAGUCUGCCCAGUCCUUUGGCUGUUUAUAGAGUCCCUUCCCCCAAGCCAAAGUUUGAUUUUUGGUGUUAAGACAAUUUUGGUUGUAUAUGUAUAUAAAUAUUUUAGGGAGGUGGAUUAAGAUGUGGAGCUUUUGCAGUUCUAGGGAAUGGGGCCAGUGAGGAUUUUUCUUUGUUUCUUUUGCUUUUAUAUUGAGGGAGAACUUUUACUAACUAAAGAAACAGAGAAAUUCCCAGUCAUGUCUAAUAAAGCCUUUCCCACAAAAUCGCAAAUCACUGAACCCAGUGAAGACUAGGCCACAACCUUAAUGGUUGUGUCCAUAGCAGGGGAGAACAGGGGAAUUGAGUUUAAGAAUGUUUUUCUUCUUUUUUCCCAGACAGAAUUAAGGAUGAUGGGUAAGGCAGAGAAGGUAGAUUCCCAUAGUCCUUCCCAAACGGGCAGAUGCUGGAGCUUGAGGGACCUUUUGUGCUUUUCAGUUCAGCUGGUUCUGGCUGAAGCCUCCAAGGCAAGCUCUGCUUUCCAGUAGUUCUGCAUCUCCCAGAAUGCUUUUUAAUGCCACUUCCUCCAGCUCCCUUUUCUAGGAAAGAUUAAAUGGGACUCUGCUUUUUUAUCAAAAGGUAUUUGUUUUCAGGGUCAAUGCUGAGAAUUGGGAUUCUCCUGAGCAUCCAGAUUUUAUGGUAUCAACCUCCAUAUCAUCUUUGAACUUUGAGAUUCCUUACAGUCAACUUCACCAGAGGCAGGUUCCUCAGAGCAGCAAUGCUAGUUGACUGAUUCUUACUGAGUUCAGAAACAGUGUCAGGGGAGUCUGAUAUUUUGUGAAUCUAUUCAAGGAUGCUGUUUGAUAUUUCCAAAAAAAACUUACUGAUGCUGAAUCACAGUACAUGAAUGAAUUUGUUCAGCUUUACUGUACUUCAUGACCUGGACUUUCUAUACUGAGCACCUUACUCUUAGAAGCUGGGCUCCUUUAAGGAGACCUCUAGUGAAAACCCUUAUCUGAAUACUCCUCUUUCAACCCAGAGAGCUGCCCUUAGGACUUCUCCAGAAUUCCAUGUGUCACUUAGUCUAACUCUCAUGAACUCAGAUCCACCAUGGUGAUUCACCAUUUUUAAGGCUCAGGCGUAACAAACCUAUCACCAUCAUCUUCUAGCGGCUUCAGUCUGAAUUGAGCCAAUACAUUUUCUUUCUUUUAAAAAAAGAAGCAGACUGGGGCUCAGCUUUUAGUUUAAGGGGAGCUCAUGGCAAUCUAGUCAGUAGAAAUCAAUAACAGCUUUUCCUCACAUGUGGACUCCUCGGGGGCUGAACAGCUCCUAAUUUAGUUUAUCCUUCGCUAGAGAUGUAGCAGAUAAACCAGCUGUCGCCACCAACUUCUUGCUGGCCAUGUAGCUUCCAGAUAUGAGGGACUGUCAGGCAGAGAUGGAAGCAGCCCCGAGGAUAAGAUAACCCCCUUCCCUUUGGCAGGAGAAUGAGGCGACCAAGAGACAGUCUGGAAAGCACUCAGCCAUUUAAGGAAGGAGAGGGGAAGCUAUCUGAUGACCCUUCCCCUUUAGCCCAGUGCAGCCAGUUCUCUGCUGCUGCAACCCUCUAGCACAGUAACAUUUGCAGAAUUGUGGAUUUUUUUCCCCCGCGGAUAUUAGGAGGAAAGGGAUUUUAGGGUGGGGUGGGGAAGGGGUUGUGGUGUUUUAAAAGCAUAAGUUACCUGUUUGCACUGUUUUAAGAUAGGAAAAAAUAGUGGGCAAGGUGAGCAUCAAAUGUAAGCUUGUGUGUUUUAUUUUGUCAUGCUCUUGAAAAUGUCUGACAUUUGUAGUAUACACCAGUGACACUUGAUUCUCUGUUGCAUAAAACACUAUAUUUUUUUGGAAAUAUUCCUGUCCAAAAGCCUCUUCCCUCCCUUUCCUUUUCCUAUGUACUUCAUCCUUACUUUACUGAUCAGCCAGGCAAUAGCCAUCCACAAGCUAGAGUGUGAAACAGGGCCCUUUCCAAGCAGGCUCCGGGUGUCCUAAGCUAGCAUGUGUCCUCUGGGUUACUGAAUAUGGUAGAGUCCCUGGUACCUGUCUUUAAAACCAAGGCUCACAGGCCAGAGUGCAGCAAAGUGUCACUUUCCUCAGUGAGACACCAGGAGUUCAGCACCAAGGAAUGGAGGGGUUCCUGAAGUAUUGCAGUUGGCUGUAGUAGCCGAGUUCUUACCCACGUUACCGAAACUGUGGCCAGUUACAGUUUACUCAGGAAAACGGUAGCUCAUUCAGCCAUGGUAGUGCUGGUUGGCAGGGAUUGGUAACUGAGAGAACUGCUUAUCAGCCAAAACUCAAACCUUGCCUCUAAGGAGACCAUCAGCACUGGGACCUGGUCCUCUGUCUGAUAGUCACAUACAUGCCAGUGACAGUGAUAUGAGGGCUCCGCUCACUCUGGCAAGAAAAAGGGAGCAGCAAUUCUCUUUUCUUCCCCAGCCCCUUCCCCUGUUAACACCACUGGAUUCUCGGGGGGUGGGGGUACAUAAGCUUUUGAAAUUUUUCAAAAAAUGUUUUUUGGCUUGGUUAUUCUGGAAACUGAUAAGUGCUUUAAACAAUGUCUGCACUCCACCAAGACUCCAAGCUUAGUCUUUUUUUUUUUAAUUUUAUGUUCACAGUAUUUGUGUGUGUGUGUGUGUGUGUGCGCGCGCACAUGUGCUUGUUUUGGCAGCUCAUUUUGGCUGAUAUAUAUCAAGUGAUGAAUUGAUCUUUUCCCCCGCUGAGGGACAUGCAUUUUUUUUUUCGUGUGUUAUCAUUCUGCUUGUGAAUAGCUGGAGCCAAGUCGGGGCUGACAUAUGUAAGCUAGGGCUGCAAAGUGAGAAGAGAGCCAGCAGAAUUCACUUGUCCCUGACAGUCUGACUGACCUGAGGCUCUGAACUUUUCAGUCCCAAUUUUUGCAAGGCUCAGAAUGCC